AUGAGCAAUGUCUACUUGCUGUCGCUAGAGUAUAAAACACCAAGCUCCCCAAUAGCUACAUCAACGGGACAGAUAAACACAGCGAUUGCACAGGCUAUACACAAUGUGUCGCAAUUUGAAGUCGGAGGGGACUUCAAAGUACGCGCAGGGUACAUGGGAAUCUGCGUGGGCCAAAAGGAUGAAGAGUUCAUUUGUUCCAAAAACAUCCGAAUGCUGGCAAAUAUGGUCCGACUAGACAAGAAGACUGUCAUUGACGGGAAUACCACCAUAGAAGUCAUGCAAGACCCGCUCAAUCUGAUUAUGAUUGCGGAGACAUUCAAGGAAAAGAUCGUUUUUGAUGGUUUGAUAUAUAUUGCGAUCCUGGCGUGCUUCAUUUGUUUCAUUAUUUUGUCGACAUUCCCAGGAUGGCACGAGGAAAUAGACGAUGAUGGCUCUGAACGUGAGGUCAAGCCAUUUCCUUCGCGUCCAUUAUCCCAUAUUGUCAUGUACCUUUCAUUCCUUGGGGCUGGAUUUGGGUUUAUCUCUGUGUUGUGGCAGCAUAUCAAUAGCAGCUCCACCGUAUCGAUGGCCGAGACUCUCACUUAUGGCGGAGUCACGGGCCAUGUUGGAGCCCUCGCGAUGUCACUAGGUUGGAUUGCAGUAGGCGCAACUGGUUUGGUUGGGAUUGGGCUUCACGUGAUGAUCCUGAGUAUCGAGCUUAUUCGAGUACUGACCGACGACGAGGAUUGA